AUGGUGCUCGCACCAAAGACAUAUCAGUUCCUCGUGAGCGUUUUCGCCUCCGUUGGUUCUAUCCUUUAUGGUUAUGACCUCGGUGUGAUCGCAGAAGUCAUUGCCUGCCAGCCUUUCAAGGAUGACUUCAAGAACCCGACUUCAGUCGAGACAGGAGUCGUAGUUUCGCUCUUCACCGGAGGUGCCUUCUUCGGCGCCUUUUUCGCCGGGCCCGCCGGUGACCAUUUAGGUAGACGAUGGACCAUCUUCCUGGGAGCGUUAAUCUUCAUUAUCGGUGGCGUCUUCCAGACAGCUGCUCAGACUAUCCAUUGGAUGUGGGGCGGUAGAGCCAUCGCUGGUCUGGGAGUUGGCUUCUUGGUGAUGAUCAUCCCAGUGUACCAAGGUGAAAUAGCUCACCCGAGCAUCAGAGGUCGCGUGACUGCUCUACAACAGUUCAUGUUGGGUAUCGGUGCCUUCGUCGCCGGAUGGCUCAGUUACGGCACUUAUAGUCUCCCGACCUCGGCAGCAUACAGGAUUCCGUUGGGCAUUCAAAUCAUCCCGGCCGUCAUCCUCGCCGCCCUCAUCCUCUUCUUCCCGGAGAGUCCCCGUUGGCUCAUCGACCACGGCCGCGGAGAACAGGGCCUGAAAACACUUGCAAAACUCCACGCCAAUGGCAACGUCGAGGACGCUUGGGUCAAGGCCGAGUUCUCCCAGAUCGAAGAGGCAAUCUCCUUCGACCGUGAGCACGAAGCCAAGAGCUACAUGGAGCUGAUCAAGACUCGGUCUUCGUUCCGCCGACUCCUCACCGCGUGCGCGCUCCAGGCUGCCUGCCAGAUGACGGGUGUGUCAGCCAUCCAGUACUUCAGCGUCACAAUCUAUGCCCAGGUCGGCAUCAGCGGGCAGGAUACGCUCAAGUACCAGGCCAUCAACAGCAUCCUCGCGCUACUGGCGCAGGCAGCCUGCGUGCUGUUCAUCGACCGCGUCGGGCGGCGCUGGCCGCUCAUUUGCGGCAACCUGUUCAACUGCCUCAUGUUCACCAUCGCCACGAUCCUGAUCGCCAAGUUCCCGGGCGGCGAGGCGGGCUGGGGCUUCAUCGUGGUAACGUGGCUGUACAACAUCUCGUUCUCGGCGACGUGCGGCCCGCUCAGCUGGAUCAUCCCGGCCGAGAUCUUCGACACGCACACGCGGUCCAAGGGCGUCUCCAUCGCCACCAUGACCUCGUUCGCCUUCAACACCAUGAUCGGCCAGGUCACCGACCUCGCCAUCAAGAACGUCGGCUGGCGCUUCUACCUGGUCUUUGUCAUCUGCAACUUCACCAACGCCCUCUUCUUCUGGCUCACCCUGCCCGAGACAAAGAACCUGCCCCUCGAAGAGAUGAACUAUCUCUUCACCAACGCGCCCUGGAUCGUCCCCGGCACCGACAAGAGCGCCUACACCGCCAACCUCGGCGCCGACCUCGAGAGGCGCGCCGGCGAGAUCCGCGAGAAGUCCAAUGUGGCUGGGCAUGGGGAGCAUGGAGAGCAUCUUGAUGAGAAAUAG